GCGUAUGGAGGUGUGUAUGGUGGUCCGUUGCUGCCAUCCCCACUGCUGCCUAGACGGUUGAACUAUGCGGCCACGAUUCGUUUAGCACCUGUAUGGUCAUAUGUGGUGGCCCCGCCAUGUCCCGCUGGAGGCGGUUCUCUUUCAGGAGAUCGCAGCGACGCUUGGCGUUGUCCAACCGUUUCACGUCCACGAGUCGUCGGCGCGGCGGCGGGUUCGUUUGCGGUGCCGCCUGAGGCUCCCUUUGUCACUCCUGAUUCCACACCUCCGUUUGGCGAUGUGGAUAGCUCUGCGGCAGUUGGCGGCACGCCGUGUUCGGGCGGCAACAGCAUCGUGCGUGUGUGUGAGGGACGCGUGUCAGAGACGGUUGUACGCUCUCCAUGACGCUAUGGCCGGUGUGGGUGACCAACGUGGACAGGUCAGCGACGUUAUUGAUCGACUACUCCACUGGUCUUUGCCAGCCAGCCGUGCGGAGUUUGGUGACGAGGUAAAAGGUGUAAUUUCUUCUUUGUUGCCAUCUCGGGUGUGCGGUCGAGAUUUCGCGUUGCGUUAUAUGCCAGGCGAUUCCGGUGCUGACUACGGUCAGGGGGGUUCGCAGGGUUCAGCGAGCGGAGGGUUGGGGGAGUCUCAUGACGGAUCGCAGAACUCGUUCCCGUCAUCGCGUCGCGCAUCGCAGCGCAGUGAUAGAGGGCAUGGCAGACCCCGCAGCGCAGGGAUGUGCUCGGUGCACAAACCCACAUUCUACAAGUUUAUGCGCACAGAACCGGGGGGGGCGGAGGCGUGGAAUGCCAAGGUUGUAUGGCAAGGCAUAAAAUAUUGCGAGCUUGCCAUUGACACUGUGAUGCGCCGUGGUGAGCCAGUGACAUUGAUGGUUGAUGGUCGAUAUGACUCUGCCAGAGGCGCGCAACAUUGCACUGUCACCGCGAUGGAGUACGAGACUCGGCUUGUUGUAGGUGUUCACACUCUCCGUCCGAAGAUUGAAGGCAAGGCAUCGAAUGCGCUUGAGGUGCCAGUCGUCGUGCAACUUUUGCGAGGGCUGAUGGACAAGGGGUUGAAGAUCCGGUGCGUUGUCUCGGAUGAUUGUGCCGCGCUGGGACCGAAGUUGCGAGCUAUGAACAUCAAGUGGCAGAAGGAUUGCCACCACAAAAUAAAAAACAUUCGCAAGCACUUUCAUUGUAUGCUGCAACUGAAGGAAGCGAAGAAAAUGUACCCCUACGGAUCGAGGUUGAAUGCUCGAGCGUUGGAGAUUGAUCUACACGGCUUGACAGAGUAUCAUGCGCAUGAGGUUGGGAUGUGGUUCCUCCGCGCUUGCCAGCUGUGCAAGGAGGAGGGCGAAGACGCCGACAGUCUACACCACGACAUCAUGUUGGUCGCCGAUCAUUGGGCUGGUGAUCAUUCGGGAUGUGUCGACAGUAGGGAGGUUCUGUGCGAGAAGGCCGGUGGGCGUGCACGAUUGCCUUUGUAUAGCCGCACGGAUACGGUCUACGAGCUCGUUCUCCGUGUUCUCGAUAAACAAUGCAGCACUUACAUCACGCCGUACUACGUCGAGUUUCGGCAUACAUCGGCGGUGGAGACUUUUCAGGGCACCAUCAUUAUCUAUGCGAAGAAGUCGGUGCAUUUCGAGAAGUCUUUCUAUGCACGUUUGUCGAUCGCAGUGAUUCGGUGGAACAGUCACUGCUGGCGCUACCCGGUCGGGUAUGUUGCUCACAUUGCUGCGGGCACUUCCAUACGUGCGAGACCAAGCUUCCGUCGACACUACGGUCACUAGGAGAUCGACUGUUGGGAGGACUGAUUGGCGGCGUCAGUGUUCGGUUCGACUCAUGUUUGAGAAUGGGUUCGAGAGCUUCUGCGACAGGAGGUUUGUCCUUAUGGAGCCAGGCCAUUGCCGCAUGAUUUGUUCGUCAACGGUGGGGGCGACCCAGUGGAAGUCGUUGAUGCUGCUGCCUCAGGUUCUGGCCAUGAGGCGGUGGGGGAGAACCGUGUUUUCAUCAUCGGUCACGUGGAGGACGAUGCGGUGCCUGUAUGCGAUGAUUGGGUCCAAACAUCGAGCUCCGAAUCUGAGGGUGACGAUAAAAAGUUGUUCAGCGU